GUGGAAAAAUGUCUUAGAGAUAACAACAUUAUUGGGAUUUUUUUGUACCUUCAGUACCAGGAAAAGCAAAAACUUGAAUUUCAUUGCAAAUUUCUAAAGAUUCGUGGUAUAAAAGCCAUCAAAAAUUCAGGAAACUUCAGUUCAAUUUCUGUUCUUAAACUUGAAAGGACUAUGUCUCCAAUUCUUAUUGUUUUAUUCAUCGCUACUGCAGUCUCUUCAGCGCAAUUUCCAAAAUGCGGACCACAUGCCAUUUGGUCUAGUACUUUAUGUACAACUCUUUGUGUAAAAACCUGUGCUAAUUACCAAAUUACUCCACCUCCAACUUGUCCCUAUUUGUGUUCAAAAGGCUGUGGGUGCAGAAAUGACGAAGGAUACAUAAGAGAUACUAAAACUGGUCAAUGUGUCAAGCCUCAAGGUUGCAGCAAAUAAUUUUUUGUAAUGAAUAAACAGAAAUUAGCAAAUGCAAUAAUCUUGAAUGAAAUCAAUAUUACCAUGUGUAUUUUUCUUGAAGCUGGUUAACAAC